AUGUCACUGUAUGUGAUAGAUCAUCGUGUUGGUGUUGGUCUUAGCAGUACAGGCGCUGGACCUGGACUCGAGGAAGACGAAGAUCCCGCGCUCUGGAGUUUUCGAGGAACUUCAGGCAACGCGGCAACGGCCAGUAGUACCGGUACCGGUAUCACCCAUACACGGGGAAAACGCAGCAUGUUCCAGUCGAUGGACUUUAAGAGCAUGGCCGACAUUGCCAUGUCCUUUCGACACUCGAGCACUAAGGGCGGCGCUAUUAAUAAGUGCAAUGCCAAGAAUAGCUUGCUCGUAGAUGAUGACCUACCGGUACUAGAACAAGAAGACGAGGAUUCGGCAGGAGAUCAAGGUCGUAGCCAUUCGAGUACUGACGUUCAGAAUGAUCUGAUUGGAUGGAUCCAGCAGCGCCGUCAAAGCUACGAGGAGGAAGUAGAAGCUGGACAAACUGGAGUGGUCACCCGAUUCUUUCAAGAGCGAAUUGGAACUUUUGCCAAGAACAUGGACUUUAUCACUGGAAGAAGGACAUCAUGA